AUGGUCAAAAUGCAAAGAAUGCCUUUGAGGGAGAAAUACUUGGGUAUUCCUCUUUUUGUGGGUCGCAACAAAAAUGCUUCUUUUGAAGACAUUGUGGAUAAAAUUGCUUUCAGACUUCAAUCCUGGCUGGGUGAAUCGGUAAAUCAAGCUGGUAGAAGUACCCAAAUUCAAGUAGUCACUGGUUCUAUGGCUGAAUUCCAAAUGAGUUGCAUGUACAUCCCAGAUAAAAUCAUUAAAAAGCUAGAGUCUCUUCAAAGAAACUAUUGGUGGAACAAGAAAUUAAAACAAGGAGGAUAUUUUAUUGGUUGGAAGGAGUUAAACAAUCCUAAAAGAUUUGGUGGAUUGGGUUUUAAAUCCAAAUGUGUGCAGCUUUUACAAGCAAAAUAUUUUAAAAACACUGACCCUUUAUAUGGUAAAUUUAAGAAAAAUGGCACAUGGAUACGGAAUGGAAUACAUAUAGGUUUGCAAUGGAUUCGUAGAUAUCAUAUUUGGGAGAUUGUAAAUGGGACAAAGAUUAUUAUAUAG